GUAGGUGCUUUACCCGAUCACGCUUGUGAUGUUGCCGUUUAUACCCAUCUUUAAUCGGAUUUCUGACAUGGCAUUCAUAUCUUCUUCUUUUUGGCUGCUAUAGUACGCAGCGACUCUUACUUUGUCGGCGGAGUACGCUCCGGAUACGUGGCGUCCCGACGUCUUCCCCAAGCUCCCCACGGCUCGAAGCUACCAACAACUCUGGUCUACCUUACUCAACCCGACACCCACCAUGUCAGCCGCCACAGACACUCAGCUUCCAAAGCAGCUAGGCGAUGCGAUCGUCUCCUUUGCCCUCGAGGGCCGUUUCCCCGAUGAGGAAGUGUCGUCCCUUCCGCUCCCGACGGCCGACCUCUCCCUCGCGGUAGAUGCAUUGGCCAAGGCGAAGACCCAACUGGAGUCCGAGAUCCAUAUUGUCAACGAAGAAACGAAAGACGAGGUCAGCUCUUGGGUCGCCCACACGAAGACCCUGCAGGAAGACAUUCUACGGUCGAAGCGCCUAGCCGACGAUAUCGUACUGGAAGCCGAAUCCCCAGUGGUCUCGGGCAAAGAAAUAGAGGACGCCGAAGAGCACAUCGAGUUCCUGCGAAGCGAGGUCGCAUACAACCGGCAGCUGCAUGAGGCACUCUCCGGUAUACACAAGGUCAACGGGCUUCUGAACGAGGUGGAGAAGGCCAUGAACGAACGGAGGGUUCUCGAUUCCCUGCGGUCAUUGGAAUGUUUCUGGGCCGAACUCGACGCCAUCCCUAUCAACAAAAAGAGUUGCCGCAUCACACGACUUCUCGACGUUCGAGCCUUUGAGCUCAAAUCAGCCGUUCACGACGUAUUCGAUCAUGUUUGGAACGCCCUUGUCCACGUAGAUCGCGAGGCGGGGCGCAUUGCCAUCUACAACAGCCGCGAGGACGAGCAAAUGACGCUCUCGGAAGCCGUCAUCGGCCUCGAGGCCUACAAAGAAGUUGAAGAUCGCAUGUCUCGUCUCUGGCGAGAUAUCGACCGGGCCAUUGUCGCCUCUCGGUUGGACCCCAAGUCGACGCAACUGUCCUCUUUCCAGAUCAAUGAGAACAUCCUCGAGAGGCAAGGCACUGCCGGCAACUCGAUCGACGAGCUCUUCAAGGACUUGACAACCAUGGUUGGAUUCCUAGCACAGAGACUCCCGCCGGACUUGUUGAUCUACCUGGGACCAAUCAUGAUGAGUGGUGUUCUUCCCAGGCUGAUCGAUGGCUGGCUCUCUUCCACCAUCCCAGUUUCGUUAAAGGACGUCGAGCAGUUUCAAGCCGUGAUACAAUCGGCCAGGGUCUUUUGCGAAACACUGGAGGACUACGGUCUUUCUGGCUUCACCGAGCUGAAAGAAUGGGUUGGCAAUGCGCCGUCUACCUGGCUCGCGAAGCGUACGGAGACGGCAUUGGAUGCUGUCCGCAGCCAGUUCAUCCAAGGCCUCGGAGCACCCAAGCAGGUCGAAAAGGUGGAGAAACAAAUGGUGUCGCGCUCGGAAGGAAAAGAACUGGCAUCGCAGACGGUAGCCACUCAGGCCGACGACGACGAUUGGGGCGCGGCGUGGGGUGCUGAUGAUCCAAUGGACGAACCUGAUGACGUGCCUCAAGUCUCGGCAUCUUCCAAGACCACCCAGGUCAGCGAGGUUGCCACAACCGACGACGAUGGAGCCGACGCCUGGGGCUGGGGUGACGACGAGCCGACCACGGAAGCAAAGGACGAAGCGGCACAGCAACAGGACAAGACGGAACUAGAUGACGACGACGACGCCGCGGCGGCAUGGGGUUGGGGCGACGAGGAAGAACGGGAAGACCAAGUCGUCCAGCCACCCAAAGACGACGAGAAAAAGGCCAGAAGCACCAAGACCCCAAGCGCUGGGGAAGAAUAUCGAGAAAUGGUUCUCAAGGAAACCUACCAUAUCUCAUCGAUGCCAGAUCCAGUACUAGAACUGAUCUUGACGAUUCUGGACGAUGGUGCAGCGCUGACCCAACCUAGCAAUGAGACAAAACCCGUGGCAUCGGCAGCUGCAGGCCUGUUUGGGCUCCCAACGUCCGUGUUAGCCAUUUUCCGAGCUCUAUCCCCGCAUUACUAUGCAGCGGGGAUGGGAGGGAACAUGUUUCUCUACAACGACGCAAUGUACUUGGCCGAGAGGUUGGCGGAGCUGACGGAGACGUGGAAGUCGCGCAACGACUUGCCGCAGCGUGCUAAAGCCAUGCUUCGAAUCGACGACGACAUCAAGACCAUGCGGAGUUUCGCCAACCGCACAUACACAGGCGAGCUAGGACUACAGAAGACGGUUAUCAGGGAUCUUCUAGGGGGCGAACAAAGCAUUGUCCAGCAACAAGACGCGGAGAGCAGCGUCGACUCGGCCGUGGCACGCGUCCGGACGAUGGCGACAACAUGGGAGACGAUCCUGGCGCGGUCGGUGUGGUGCCAGGCCACAGGGUCGCUGGUAGACGCGCUCUCGGCCAAGAUCAUCUCGGACGUGAUGGACGCGCCGUCGAUCGGGCAGGACGAGGCGUACAAGAUGGCGCAGCUCAUCGCCAAGGCGACGGAACUAGACGACCUGUUCCUGCCGUCGCGGGCAGCAUCAUCGGGCCAGGAGCAAGGGCAAGGGCAAGGGCAGGCGGACCCCGACGAGGUGCCGACGACGGCGCAGUACGCGGGCACGUGGCUCCGGCUCAAGUACCUGAGCGAAGUGCUGCAGUCGAACCUCAACGAGGUGCGGUACCUCUGGUUCGAGAGCGAGCUGAGCCUCUACUUCUCGGCGGAGGAGGUGGUGGACUUGAUCGAGGCGAGCUUCGAGCUGAACGCGAGGACUAGGGAUACGAUCCGUCAGAUCAGGGAGCGGCCGCAACCGGUCGAGGGUGUGUAGAUGACUCGAGAAUAAGAAUGGAGGGAAGGAAGUCUUGAUCCUUGGAACGACCUAGCGCUUUAAGGUACUUUGAACUUGGAACAAACUUAUUCA